AGUUUACCGUUGAGAACAUUGAUAACGUUUACUGAAGUGGUUGUGGGGUGUGCGAAGUAGUUUGUUUGUAACAAAAAAAAAGCAAAACAAACUACAAGCCCAUUUCCCCACGUUUUAAUUUAGAAUUAUACGAGUUAUAUACUCCGAGUAACGACGAAAAAGAAAGUCUUAAGCGGACCGUCGAGGGGUGUGACUCGGUCAAGCUGCCUAUCGAAGAGGCACCGCGUCAGGCUAUGUACCAGCGAAAGCCAGUGACAAAGAAAAAAACGGAGAAGAUUGUAAAAAGGUAGAGCAUAUAGAGACACUGAGGGUGAAGACCCGCGAUAAGCAAAACCUCCCCAUUAAACGGCGGAGUUUGUUCUUUGUUUCCUCGUCGAGAAGACGAUGUGAAGGAGAAGAAGGAGAGAGAGAGAGAGAGCGCGAGAGAGAAACUAGCUAAUGCUAUACGACGAGAGAAUGUGUGGGAAGGGCAUGAUGUGCCGCAGGGAAGUGCAGAGCCACGAGCUGUCGGUUAAACAUGAGCUCAAGGAUGAGGAGGCGAAGAGACCCAAGCACAGCUGGCACAAAAGCGGAAGAAGGCGGUGGCACAGCGACAGGAGAGAGCACCGUCUAGUGUUCCGCCGCAAUCCGCCGAGACCGAGGCGCGUGUCCGCCGUCUCCGUGUCGCUGCGGCCAGCCAACGUCCGCGGCAGGCGCGCGCCAGGGAUGCGCGCGCCGCGCAACACCAACCAGUUCCUCAUGCACGAGAAGUACCAGCUCAUGCACAUGCGCUCCGACUCGGUGGGCACGGACAGCUGCUCCGACUGCGAACUAGACCCCGCAGACAUGGACUCGUACCUCGGGGUGCUGGAGAACGCCCGGGGCGCGCUGCUAGACAGCCCCGAGCUCCCGUUCACAACCAGCGAGACGUUUCACUUCUUCACUUUCCCUGAACUGGAGCGAGAAGACAGCAUGCAGUACUUUCCGUCCGAGAACGACGUGAUGCAGAGCGAGGAUUUCAUGCAGAGGGACUUUAAACAGUUUUGUGACGCCGUGGCUUGUACAUAAACCCUCGCCACAGGUAAAUAACCUGGUGUGCACUGAUCAUUCGUGGCCAUCAGAUCGUCCAGACCAACAGGACAUUUUUAUUAACUCUGUUAUAAUGGCAUUCAUCUAUCAUGUUGUGUUUUUUUUUUUUUUUUUUUUUUUUUAAUGGUGCAUUGUUUUGUUACGGAAGUCAAGCUGUAAAGUAGGAGUGGCAGAGCAGCCAAUCAGAUUCGAGAUCACUUAGUCCCUCCUCACAGCUGCUAAAACCCCUAAGCGACUCCGUAUUGGGCAUCUAGUGCACUACAAUAGGAUAAAGAAGUGCACUUGUUUACGGAGUAGGGAGCCUCUUGAGGUUCAGCCAUAUCUUACUGUUUAAGUGACUCUUUGUAAACUGAAAUAAAAAUGUUGUUUUUAAGGAA